AAAGCUGCAAGCUUUUCCAAAAACACAAUUUACGGCAACACUGGGGGUGAUUCCCCUUAAAACGCAAACAAUAAAUUUUGCGAAACUUUGUUUUGAUGUUUGGAGCAAAUACGGAGCAGAAUAUUAUGUCGGGCCAAGGGACAAUGGAUGAAUUACUCACCCAUCUCAUGCUCAUGGGUUUCAACGCCCAGGAUUGCCAUGAUGCCAUCAGCUUUGGUAACUUAUCCACUCAACAAGCUGUGGAUUGGAUUCUUGCAGGGAAACCAAGGCCUUCUGCUUCAUCUGGACAUUUGGUGCUUCCUAAGAAAGUUAAAGAAGAAUCUGAAGCAAGUAAUGUUAGCCCUGUAGUUCCAGGUGUUUCACAGCCUUCUAUUAAUAAAGAUGGAAGUUUGUUUAAACCCGAACAGGAGCCACCCGUGAUACACAGUAGAUUUGCUGAAAGUCGCGACGCUCGGCUUCUGUUCAUGAACAACAAGAGAAUGAAACUUGAAAGUGAAGUAAAAAGAGAGAAAAAACUUCGAAAAAAGGAGCGCGAAGAUAUUUUGAAAGAAAUCGAAUCGGAUCGACGAGCUAAAGAAGGGAAGUCGCAAACGUACGAUGACAAUGCAAGUUCUGUUGCCAUGCCAACAACCUCUGCUGCUCCUGGUGGUCAGAACGACUCGUGUCUCAUACAGAUCCGGCUCCCCGACGCACGAAACCUCCGUCACGAGUUUUCCUCGGAGCAAAAGAUCGAUGACAUUCUUAUGUACGUGAAAAGCAACCUCACGAUCCCACAGGGGAAGAAGCUCUCACUCCUCCAACCGUUUCCGAGGAAGGAGUUCAAUCCGGAGGACCCCUCGUCAAUCAGAGAACUCGGAUUCUGCCCGAAGACGAGUUUAGUUGCGAGAUUUGUGGACCAAGUUGGAGGCACUGGUAGCAUCAACGUAGGGGAAUCCCCCAUCGUACCACCGAUCGAAACGAACUCGGCCCACAACCUUCGUGACAUCAUGGGGACUUCCCCUCCAGGUCAACGUUACUCUUUUUCGCCACCUAGAGUCCAUGACUCAGCACACCAUUGGCCCUCCGGUGGCCAACGUCUUGGACACGUCGGAGAAAACGUGGAAAGAAAUGAAAUCUCCCCGCAACCUCCCGAAGAUGAGGAAGAAGAAGAUAUGGGAGAUCCGAUGCCUCCUGUACAACAUAGACAUCAUAUACCGGCUCAUCCUCGCUUCCAACCACAUAGAAAUAAUAUAAACCAACCCAUUAUGAGUCAUAAUUGGGGUCAAGGACGUGGAUUGUUGGAUGACAAUUCACAACAAUGGGAAGCUGUGGAAGAAAAUCAUGAUCAAGAUGAGCAAGAAAUUGAGGCAAGGAACAGAAGGGACCAUACAAGGCAAGCCAUCGAAAACAGAUUGAGAGAAAAUUACGUUCAAGCAGCAAACGCAGAGCAACCAUCCAAGCAGUUGAAUGACGAGGUGGAAAAUCUUCUGGAUAAAAGUUUGAAGGUCGUUUUACGUCGAAUUAAAGCGAAAGGGAGAUUAUCAUUAUCAACACUAGGUGUCCUACCACAACCAUUGAGCGAAAAAGUGCUGACUCAUCUUAUUGACUCAGCACAAUUAAACCCGAACACAAUUCCCCUUUUCCGAGCAUGCCCACCUACUAAGCUGGUCUUGGAUUAUUAUAAGUUUGCAACCAACCAACUUUUACAAGCGUGCAGGAUAUUUAACGGUUUGCGUGUAUUGAGUCUACGUUCAUGUAGUUUACUCACGGACCCCGGUUGUUCAAUGCUUGCUUACCAACAUAAGCUUCAAUACUUGGAUGUUUCUGGAUGCUCUCAACUUACCAACCAAUUCAUGCAUAUUAUCCAAGAACUCGAGCUUCGUCACUUAGCCGUUGAUGGCACACGAAUAUCGGAUGAGGGGGUUUCCCAUUAUUUCCACCAUAAACCUCGAGAAAGUUUGAUUUAUUUGAGUUUGAAAAACCUGAAAGGCAUAACAUGCAAAUCAUUGAAGCACGAAAUGAAAUCCCUUCGUUCGAUAUUACUCGACCAAACAUCAGUUCACACACUAGAGGGCCUCGUUACAAACACUCCAAACUUACACUGUUUAAGCAUUGCAGGUUGUAUUAUUGAUAUAAAUGAGUUGGAACAUCUAAGCAGACUCGGUGGUUCCUUGUUAAGUUUGAAUGUGAAAGACGUACAGCUUAAAUAUGUUGAUGGUUCGGUGAGGGAGGAUGGUAACAUGGUGUUUAGGUGUUUGGCAGGUUUAUCGAAACUGAAACAUCUCGACCACCAGUUCCGACUCACGCUGACGAGCGACGCGAUAAAAUAUAUCCGUCAUGCUCCACUGACCUCGCUAUCGCUGUCGUAUCAUCGUGGAAUUGAUGAUUCAGCACUUUCUUACAUAUCGAGCAUGACUCACCUUGAGGAGUUAGACCUUACCAACACCAGGAUAUCAGAUGUUGGGCUUAUGUUCAUAUCUCCAUUAAUGCCACGCAUCAACUCAUUAUUUCUUGCCAAAACUAAUGUGACAUCACAAGGAGUUAUUGAGAUGCUGAAAGCUCCAGGGAAGUCUCUUCCAUUAUCCCUGUUAAGCUUACAAUACACCAGGAUUGGAAACCUCUUGCUUAGAAGUGAAGUAUUGAACCAGUGUUGCACAAACCUUGUCACUCUAAUAAUUAGAGAUACAAAAGUUUCGGAUUCAGGGUUACGUCACUUGUCCCUCCCCCACUUAACCCACCUUCUUCUAACCGACACCCGCGUUCGUCACCGAACCAUUGUGAUGUCAUAUCCUGCUUGUCCCUCUCUUCAACUUGUUGAGGUCAGCAAAAAUUUAGCCGUGUCAUCGAUGGCUGAAUCGGGAACCGAUGACAAUGAUGAUUGAUGAUGUCAUAAUGAUGAUUUCAUCCGGUUCACUGUGUAUAUAAUAGACAUCUUAUAACUUGAAAUAAAGUGGGGAGGUGGGAUAAUAAGAUUACUAGACUUCUGUGAUGUUUAAUUACAAAACAUAA